GUCACGAGCAGGAAUCAGGAAGGUGUGUGAGUGUUUUCAUCGGGAUCAGGACUUUGCAAGGUGCUAUGUUUAUUAGUAACUUUGUUUAUCGGGACUACGACAACCUCGGAAAAAUGUAGGAGUUUAUACACUACUUCAAUAUGGGUCUUAGGGAGUCAAAACUUUGCUUCCUCCCUUAUGAGGAAGCGACGAAGAGAGGUAAGUUUUCUUGUCACGAUUGAAAGACCUGUUCACCAGGUUAAGUAAGUUUCGAUGCAUGUUCCAGCUGAUUUUCGUUUUGUUUGUUUGAAACUCCUUCAGUUACAGACGAUGAAAUGCAACGACUUAGACUGGCCUUCAAACGAUGUUCCGGUGUCAGUGGGUUUAUGCCCCAACCGGUGUUUACCCGUGAAGUUCUUGGUGAUGGUGUACCUAACAAAGUGGCUGAGGUAAGGGAAUUGCAUCUUUACAUCGGAUUUCUUCUUUACCUUAAGCUUAAAUCUUAAACCCUAGAAAACAUUUCCUUUUGUGUUUCAGCAAAUUUACACAGCGUUUGGUGGUACAAACAAGGGAAUGACAUUUCGCGAUUUGCUCUGUGGUCUUGUGCUUCUAACCCGGGGCACACGCGAAGAGAAGAUAAAAUGUAAGUUUGUUAUAUGUUUGAUGUCCAAACAGUUGAAUUAAUCAUUACUCUUUUUAUCCUGUUUGAUAAUCCACUGCCAAAGAUUAGUGAUCUUUUGUCUUGUUUUUUUGUCUCUUGUUUUCCCUUGCAGUUAUUUUCAAUAUUUAUUCGACCGACGGAGCGUUCGUGUACAAAGAUAAUAUGGAAAGUUUGAUCCUUGCUUGUGAUGGAGGCAAUAUUCCUCAGCCGGUCGUGGAAUGCUUCUCUGAGGUAAUACUGGUUUCGUUAGCAGCGUUCAUGCAUGAGAUGUAGGAUUCCAUUUUUAGUUCGACAUGAAAACCUUAAAAGUGUCUUAACGGAUGAAAUACAAUAAGAUCUUGAUUUGUACUUCUGAUAUUUGAAGUGUACCAAGUCCGCUGAAGCCCAAAGGUCAAGCUUUCUUGAGAAAUUCUUUCCACGAGGUCACCAAGAUGUCUUUAACUGAAAUUAUUUUUCCAAAAUAUGUUUCAAGAAGUAUUAAAUUGUGAUGGCAUAGAACAGAUUCCAUCUAAGUGGUUUCUGUUGUAUUACUUGUGAUACUGAAUGCCAUUCAUUCAUUCUUCUUCCUGGAAACUCUUCUGAAUAUUGGUGCAACUACUUAGAUAAACAUGUUCUCUAGCUUUAUCCACAUAUCAAAUAUGGCUGGUUAAGAUUUUAAGCAAUAAGGGAUUUGGAGAGAGCAGUUUGUAAACGGAGUCAUCUUUUAGAAGGAGAAAUGUUGGCUUUUCUGUGUUUUUAAUGUGUAUUUUACCACACUUUAUGAGAAAUGUGAUACUAUUGGACAGAUGAAAGAUAUCAGAUUAUCUAUAGUAAAUGUGUUACUCAUGCUAUGAAAAUGGUGGAUAGUUGUUCAAGAGAAAAUGGAGUUCUGUUCGUUGUAGCACGAUCAUGGUUAUUGUUCCUUCAAAACAAGAGUGAGUUGAAAAAUUUUGAAUUAAUUAUUGCUUGAGGUGUUGAUGAAUUGCACCAAACAUUUUGAUUUGAGUACUUCAAUGGCAAGCUUUGUUGCAAGAUUCAUGAUUUGUUGAGUGUGUUGAUUAUAUUUUUCUGGAUUGAAAAAAUGGUUUGCUCAGUGCUAUCUCUAGAUGAAUGUCUGAUUAAAAUUAACUAUAGAUGAUUUUGUGUAUGUUUUUGAUGCCUGGAGAAAGUGAUCUUGUGAAGUCAUUUGUGUUUGGCCAAGGACAAAUUCAGAUACCAUCACUGACAUGUUUAUUUGAUUUUGUUAUCUGGAAUGAGUGAGUUAUGGAGAUAAGUUAAUAUGAUGUAAUCUACUAACAUUGAAAAUAUAUAAAGUCAAAGGAACAGUUUAGGUCUUGGUCCCUGUUUUUGUCAACAAAAUAAACAGGUACCACUUAAAAUGAUAAUACGUGCAAAGCUGUCAAUUUUUUCUCGAAUACUGCAUACAUGUGUUAAAUAUUCAAUAGUGACAUCUUGUUUGCAUCUACUGUAUUUACUUGUGUAUAAGUUGACCCCCGUUUUUAAGUUAAAAAAUUGGGUUUUUCAUCAUUUGUAGUCAAAGAAGUAAAAUUCAGACAGAUAGAAAUUUCCCAAAAGUUAAUCUCUUAUUUCUUGGAAUGUAUUGAAAGCACGGGGAAUUAAAAAACUGCAGAGCAAAAUGCAACCAAGUGCUUUGAAGUUUAUCAGCACUUGUUUAUAUCACCAUGAUUUAAGCACACAAGGACACUUUGAUUUAUGGGAGAAGUAUUUUACCAUAUUUUGUAAGUCGCAUUGAAAAUGAAAUCUUCUUGCAUUUAACAAACCUUUAUCUUAAUGUUGAGUUUGAAAGGAGAUUAAUUUGAGUAAAGUGAAGGAACACUGAAUAGCUUUGAAGGAUCGCAUGUAACAAGCAAGACCAUGUGAGACAAAGGCAUUUGCCAGGUUACUAAGUUACUGUAAUCAUUCAAUGAAAUCAAAAGUUCAGCACUGUAAACAACAGCCAAGCUGUUAGAAAAAAUGUGUGUUUUACAAUCCGAAGACACAAUAUAAAUCAGCUCUAGUAGCUUUGUGUUAAGCCACUCAAAAUUUAUUAUUCCAAAUUUUUUUUGUGAACGAGGAAUGUACUGAAAAGUGAUAAAACUCAAACACAAUUCGAACUGGUUUUAUAAACUUGGUUUUCCUUUGACUUCAGACAAUUGUUAUGCUAAUUUCUUGGAUUGCUUGGGUCAGGUCUAUGUGUAUGACUCAUGUAUAAGUUGAGGGUGAUUUUUUGGGCUGAUUUUUUGGUCCUAAAAGGUCGACUUAUACAUGAGUAAAUAUGAUACAUCUACUUUUAUUACUUUUAUUACGUUGGUAAUAAAAAUAUAUUAUCAAAAUUACGUUAUUACAUUUUAUUACUUUUGUUACUUUUAUUAUGUUGGUAAAAUCUGUACAGACAUUAUACCAACCAACUCAUGCAUAAAAUGAGAAGACUAUAUGAAGGCUUAACAUUUUAUUAAGAUCAAUUUUGAUCAAGAAAUGGGCCAGGAAUAUUACACAAUAGUGCAAAUAAUCGUGAAAGCUGAUUGCAGUAAAGCGAUUGCAUAAUACUCAAUAAGUUGUAAGAUGACAUGUUAUCACAUACCAAGUGAAAAAAAUCUUUAGAUUCUCAGUCUGGAUUUUGUACCCACUCUGCAGUCUGCCGUCUACAUUUUGCACCUGGUCUACAUUUUGUAUCCAGUCUGCAGUCUGUAUUUUGUACUAACAAGUAUCCAUGGCACCAAUAAAGUUUAUUUUUGGUUACAGUUAGUCGCACAACACGCACAAUCUACCACAAAAUAUCUGUGUGCGAGUUAAUUUAACAUUUUUGUUCUUUUCUGCAUUAAUAUUCUUCUUUUCUUUUGUAAAAAUGUAGACAUCACUUACAAUGUUCCAAUUAAUUCACCCAUCCCCAAAAAAUAACUCUUGCAUGCAUACCGUGCCUAUGUUUUUCUUUAGUGUUCAAAUGUUUAUUUUUGUUUACUUUGUAUUUUUUAAGUUUUUUCCCCUUUUUUAGGUGAAUUGAAAUUGAAAUUGGUUCAUUGAGAUUUUCUUCACUUCUUUUUGGUGGGUGAUUGGUGCUCUACAACCUGAGUUGAUCAGUAUAUAUUUUGGGUAAUUUAAGGCAAAACUCACUUACCUCACUGUAACCAAUCUCUACACUUUCCCUUGCAAAAUAAACACAAAAUUUAUUCAGGUUAGUAUCAAAAUACUCAAUGAUUUUUUUCCUUUUGCAGUUUGAUAGACUACCAUUUGAGGAGUUUUCAAAGUGGCUUUUAAGAAAUCCAGAUGUGACUACGCUUACCAGAUGGUUGCUCAUUGUUAGUAAUGGUUGCAGUAUCCAGUUAACUGAUAGCAGUGAGACUCCAACAUUUUACCAGACACUUGCCAGUGUUACCCACUGUAAGUUUUACAGUUUGAUACAAUGAGAAUUUCUAGUUAACAAUAGUGAUUUAUUUGGUUGAUGUAUUGGAGUUUUAUGGGAGGUUUUUGCAAGCUGUGAGUGGGUGGGAGAACUCUCUGUGAAAUCCUGAAGUUACUCACCCCACCCUAGAGAUGUUCAAUAGGAUAAAAUCUGUGCUUGUAAAUAAUUCAUCAACUCAAAGGCAGUGUUCAUAAUUUUUUCAAAUAUGGGCAGUUUCAAUUCCUUUUUUUCAUAACUCAUUCCUUGAAGAGAGAAAUAAUGAUUUCUUAAUUUAAAUUUGAAUAUUUAUUGCUUCAGUACAAGAGGCAGAUAUUAUGGAGCUGGAGAAGAGAUAUUGGAUACUAAAGGCUGGAACAAAAACUGGAAAAUUUGAUCUGGAUACAUUCACACCACUAGUAUCACCACCCAUUCCAAAGUGUCUAUGUAAAGGUUUGUGUUGAAUCCGUGAGUGUUAUUACUUAUUUGGAAUGAUACAAUGUCAUUUCAGUAGUUUUUUCCCUGGAAAGUCAUAUUGAAUCUAAGAACUUAACAGUUAUUGUGGUGGACUGUUUUCUUCCUUCAAAUUAAUUUUCUCUCAUUUUGGCAGUCUGUUGGUUUAUUUGUUUUUGUUAGUUUGGGUUGUUUAUGAGGUAAUGGCUUGGUAGCACAAGAAAUUUAUUUCAACUUAGAAUAAAAUUGAACCACAGUAUCUACAUGUUAUGGUUAAUAUUACAAGGAUAAAACAAGAAGUGCUAGGAGUUAUGACACUUGAUAAAGACUACUGGCCACACUAUACCAAGUUUAAGACUUCCACAACUAACAUUGAGUCAUCAGGUGUGAGUGAACAAAACUUGUUGGCAAUAUUCAAUGGCACUUUGAAUUUUUUUUAAUCCUAAAAUUAGACAUAUCUUUACCCAGAGGGGUAAUUUUGGUUAUUGCCUUAAGCUUUUAGGAAAGUGUAUUUUAGUUUAAUUCAUAAAUUCCUCUCAAAAUUUGGGUUUAAACACCCUUCCCUGUAUCCCUAAGAAUUCGUUUUAACAUCCCAAAAUUUAGAUAUUCUACUAAAAGUUUAUGUUUUGGAAGUCUGAUAUCAUUUGCAUCCUUUUAGAAGUUCUUAAAAGUAUGGAAUUUUGUAAUUUUUUUGUAACAUUCUUAUCCAAGGAUUGUUUAAUGCUUUUGAUGAAAAUCAAGAUGGCCACAUUGAUUUUCGUGAGCUAGCAUGUGGAAUUUCCAAAUGUUGCAGGGGAUCCAAUGCUGAGAGGCAAAAAUGUGAGUAACUUUAAAGGUAUUAAAAUUAUUUCAAGUACAUUUUCCAUUCAGAACUCAAACCAUCUGGUGACUUGUAGUGGGUUUUUUUUUCAAUUAUGUUGUCAUGACUUCAGAUGAGAUGAAAAUAAUAUCUGAGUCAGAGAUAGCCAUUCAAAAAUUAAAACUAAGUGAUUGCUUGUUGAGAAAUCUUUUAAUCCGCCACAGUGAACUCCUUUCAAUGUUGGUGAAAAAUGAAGAUUGCAUACAUCAUACGUCCUUGUACUAAAUGGUGUCUUCUUGUGUAGUGUUGUAACUUAAUUGUUUGAACCAAAAGUUCAAAACUCCUUUAAAACAGGCAACUGUAUUUAAGUUGUUAACAAAUUUAUUUUUUCCAUUAGUCUGCUUUAGGGUAUUUGAUGCUGAUGGAGAUGGCUUUCUGUCAAGAAGUGAAAUUGAAAUAAUGUGCAGGGGUUUAAUUGACAUCAGAAAGGAAAAUGCUGGAGAAAAGGUAAUACGAGACUAGUGGAAUAUUGAACUGGCCAACAUAGUACUCAGGUUAUAUCUUAAAUGUUUUUUUUUUGUGGGACCUUAGGAUACAAGUGCCAUCUGGGACAAGGAUGUGUCAUUGAUGGCAAUUGAAAUCUUGAGUGAUUGCAGCAAAGAUGAGGUAAAGUGAUCUUGUUUGUUACAAGUAUGUAAGCCACCAACAGGAUUGUUGAAAGCACAUUUGCUUCAGGUGUUGACUUGAUUUUAUCCAGAAUUUCUAUUUCUAUUUUUAAAGGAACAUAUAAGAUACCUCACCAGGUUUCUUAUUAGGAAUUCUAUAAUUCUCUGGCUAAUAUACAGAUUUCUUCAGCUUCUAUAGAUAAAUUUCUGGCUUAAUAUGAUGCCUUGACUUUUUUCUCCAUAAGAUCUGGAGCUUUUGCAUGUGUUUUUUUUGUCUAUUUAUACUAUUUUCCUGCAUUUUAGUACAUUUGUAGCUGAAAACCCUGUUUAACUGAACACAGUAGAUAUAGCUGUUGAUGUUAUGUUGUUUGGCUACAGAAACAUUUCUGUUGCAUUUGUCGUUCCACCAAUAUCUAAAGUUAGAUGUACCUUGUAUUUAGAACAUUAAUUGUGUUUAUCUUCCCUGGGGUGAUAAAUAUAUUUGGGACUAAACAAUUUUCUGUCUGUGAUUAGGAUGGUCAAAUUAGCUUAGAAGAGUAUAAGGAGUGGGCAUCUACACAUAGAUUUUCCCAUCUGUUUCCCAAGUUAUUGGUCCAGGUCAGUAAUGUUUGUAAAGUUAUUAUAUGUGACCUUACCUUCUUGUAUGGUAAUGUUUGGGUGUCCAAGAUGUUGUGGUAUGUUGAUUCUCACAACAGCAGCUUGUUUGUGCAAGUUGACUGCCUUACAAUUUGAUUUGUAUAUUAUGUUUUGUAGGUAUGUCACAUUGUUUUGGGGCUUAGACCAAUCACUAGAGAAGUAGAACUUCAAGUUGUGAGGUUUGUGCCACUGUUUCGAGAUAGAAAUGUUUUUCCACUUUUUUAAAUGUCUUUCUUGACUAAUUCAGUUCUUUAAAAAUUAUUUCUACAAUACUGGUUAUUCAAAGGGUUCUGUUAUUGUUUUUACAGAGGUUGGCUUGAGCGUGAGUACCAGCAUGACCUCAAUCCUGGUACCAUUUGGUAUCUUGUGGCUAUUUCUUGGUGGCGCAUAUGGAAAGAGUAUGUUAGUUAUCAGGUUUGUUAAUGUAUUCUGUAAAUUAUACCCAACUAACAAUACAAUUAAAGGUCUUUUAAUCAAAGGUCUUUUAAUCAAAACUUGUGAGCAGACAGCUUGAUGGAGGUCACCUUAUGAAAAUCCCAUGUUUGGAAAUUACCCAUUGUAGACAUUGCUGUGUUCAGUCUAGCCAUUGUUUCUUUUGUUUCUAGAGGAGUCCUCCUCAAGAAGUGGUAGUUAAACCUUCCAAUGACCAUCCAGAUGGUCAGCUUGUUUUCUAGAAUAUUUGGUUAGAUUAAGUUCCACAUAAUAUCUGCAUACCACUUUUAUUGUCAUUUUGUAGCCUUACAUCAGACGGUCAUCUACAGGGAAUCUCCGCAAGAAUGGUACAUUGCCAGCAAGAAUAAACCAAGUUCAUAAUGCCUCCUCUGGCAACCAAGGACAAGCUUGGAGUGGUGACUCUGCUUUAAAAACAAGAUCGUUGGGACGGCGUGAAUCUCAUCCAAUGUACAACCAGAGUAGUAAGGCAGUAAGUCCAACUGGGACAAUGAAUGGUCACUGUUCACAAGGAGCAGUAGCAUUAGGUACACAAGUGCCUGGUCCUGUCGAUAAUGUCCCACUUGUAGAACCUGACACAAGAAAGGUGAGCUUUGACAUCUUUUAUUUGGUGCUGUAAGCUUUUUUCUUUUAAAAUUAAGCCACACACAUGAUAAGGUGGUGAAUUGUUUAUCCAAGACUAAAUAGAUGUACUCUUUUAGGUAGCAUUAUCUGAAAAAAACUGUUUUGGGGUGCUUAACUAUGUCAAGAAUUGAAUGAGGAAAAAUCUUGCUAACAAACUUCUUAAACAUGUUGAAUUCAACUGAUUAGCCUCUGAUUAAACUAAUGUGAAGAAUCUUUAUGUGUAAUGAUAUUGUUCUUAACAGGAGUAGAUGACAGUGUAAUCAUUAAUUCAAAGAAUGAUUUAGUUACAAGAGUAUAUCUGUUGCUCUAGGUCAUGAUUUUAACCGGCGAAGGAGGAAAGUUGAAGCGUAACAUUCCUUUAUGCAGAGGAAGGGACUUUGAGAUCAUACCAGAACCUGUUUGGAGAGCUCUUCAGCAGUGGUAUGGAGGUGGACCAGCUCUCCCAAGAACGGUAACUCUAUUGUUACUUAAAUUAUAUUAUUAGUUGUCUUCUUGAUUGUGGUGUCACUCAACAAUCUUACUUAUUUGGUACUGUAUCACUCGUCUGCAUUUUGCAACCAUAAAGAACUCAUAUUUUUGUAAUUAGCCAAUGAAUUUAAUUUUUUAACGCACAAGUUUGUGUCCUUUUUCACUGUACACUUACAUAAUUUAUAUGAUCCCACAAAAAAUUGUAGAUUGAUGCUGCAUUCUACCGUAUGUAAUAGUGCUUCUUUAUUACUCAUCAAAAAUCAGGAUAAAUAUUAACAGGAGGAGGAUUAGUGGAUUUUUUUCUUUUUUAUACUUGAUGUGCAUAACACAGUUCAGUUAUGGCUAAUAUACACUUUUUUACCAUGCUAUCAUAAAUGGUCUGCUCGUUAAACAGGUCAUAACUCCUACAAAUGGUGAUCCAACCCCAGAAUUAGAGCUAUACCCAAUAAGUCUGCGACUGUUUAGACAUGCCCCUCCCCCUACAAGAGGUGGAAUUACAACAUGGACUGGGGUUGGAUUUGGAUUAAGUACGUUUGGUUUUGGUACCAGUUCUCUUACCACCCCUCAUGCCCCACCCAAAAGGUACCUGGCAUAUGUGGCAUCUUUUAGUCGGAUGAACACAUUACAACAGGUUAGUUGUCUUUUGACUGGGAAGUAGUGGUAUUUUCUGGUGUUUAUGUAAGUGGUACCUAGUAGUUGAUGUCAAAGGCACCAAACAGAGCAAGAUCUGAGGCAAUAUUUUACCCCUGGCUAUUGUGCUUGUGAUGUAUGAUGAUGAUUGGUGUAUGGAGGAUUGUCUGGCUGUAAAAAAAACAUUCAGACCCAUGAAUGUGUGUUUGUCCUAUCCAUGCAUCAUUUAAAUUUCGCAUAAUUUAGCAUAUUUCACACUUGUACAUCACUCAUCUAUUACACACCACUUGUGUUACUGUCAUUCACCUGUAGAUUAUUUGGUUUGAUAUUUAUUUAUUUCAGGUGUAUGACUAUCUCUGUGCACGACUCAGACUCCGCAUAGAAGAUAUGAGACUCUGGAGUUUGGAAGAUGAGGUAUAUAUGAAGUGGAAUUGUUCAUCAACUAAGUAAAUGCCUGUCUAAAUGAUCAACUGAACAACUGAUUUAGCGUUUCAUUUACUUAUGGAAUUAUUUUCUGGUCAACUGUUUAACUUGUUAUGCAGUUAACAUCUGUGCCUUGUCCUGAGAAAUUAGAGAGAUUUAUUUUUCUCUUGGAAUAUUACAUCUGGCAAUUUAAAUGACAAAUAUGUUGUUUUAGGGGGAAAAAGACAACAUUGUCAUAAACAUGACAGUAAUUCAGUGAAUGUUAUGUCAGACCUGCAAGAUAAUUUGUAUCCAGAAUGUCAGUAUCCACUUUGUGAAAUGAAUAAUGCAAUUUAAGUUAUUUUUAUAGGCUUUUCUUUCUAUAUUAAGUUACUUCAAUUCAUUGACAGAAUUACUUUUUUAUUGUUUGCACAGAAUAAACUACAGCUUUUAGAAGAAGACAAUUCUUCUUUGGAGAAGUUAGGAAUCACUGACAACCAUGCUGUUCUUAUUGAAGGUUUGUCACAGCAGCAGUCUAAUUGUUUGAAAGAGUUAUGGAAAAUAGAUGACAUGUUCUCAAAUAAACCAGUAAUAGUAUCAAAGGUAUUAGUUGUGAUGCUCCGUUUUCCCUCUCAAAAGUCAUCUUUCUUGAUCAACACAGGUCCAUGUGACAAACACAGGUAUCCCCUUUUUUGAUUUCUCCACUGCUUGUUCUUGCAAUUGCUGAUUAUGAAAGUCUCAUACUAAGCACAGGCCUGCUUAGGUAGAUCCCAAACUGGACUCCACCCCUGCAAGGAUCUGGAGUGAGACUUGAGUUAAUUUGUAUUUAUUACUAUCAUUAUUAUUAUUAUUAUUAUUAUUAUUAUUAUUAUUGUUGUUGUUGUUGUUUGUUGUUGUUGUUGUUGUUGUUGUUGUUGUUGUUGUUGUUAUUAUUAUUAUUAUUAUUCUAGUUCGAAACAGAGAUAUGAGUUGGCCAGAAGAGAUGUCCUCCUUGGCAAACAACAGAAGUCUUAGGGAGAAACUCAAUUUAGGUAGGUAUUUACAUGUAGUUGAAAAAGUCUCAGGGAGAUCAAUGUUGCAUUUAAGGGGUGUCUAAAUUUUUCCUAUUAUUUUCACAAAUGGUUAUCUGUGGUGGAAAAAGUGACUUUGGACAGAAAAGGGUUUUGCAGAUCUUUUAAAUAUGCAAAGUCAGCAAUAUAGGUCUUCUUUGAGACAGCACACUUGGCAUUAACGUAUAUGUUGUAUAUUUUGUUUUCUUUGGCAAGCACUGAAUCUGUUUUAACAUUUGUCCCAUCAGAACCAACAGAAAAAGGAGCCACAGGCCUCAGUAACUUGGGUAACACCUGCUUUAUGAACUCUGCACUGCAGUGUCUCAGUAAUACCCAACCCCUGACACAGUACUUCACAACUAAGUGCCACUUAUAUGAACUUAAUAGGUAUGUACUUUCCUAAAGAAUCUAAGAGAGCAAUUUUAACUUUUACUUUACACUGAAGUGUAAGCUCUUCUUACAAGAGAAAAACCAUUUAGCAGGAGGGUGUUGACUUGAUACAACAAUAAAUUACCUUAACUUAUGCACAGGGAAGUGUCUAGAGGUAAUUGGUAAUCAGAUUUGGACAUUUGAAGAUUGAAUUGAACUAAAAUUCUGCUGUGUAGGUAAAUUUCUCUUGGGGAAAAUGGAUCAAACCACAUUGCAUCAUGUUUAUUUUUCUUUUUGUGUUGAUUUUGAAAAUCUUAUGUUAUAUUUAAAUUGUGUUUUUAUAGGACCAACCCUCUUGGUAUGAAAGGGCACAUUGCACGUCGGUAUGGAGACCUUACUCAAGAUUUGUGGAGUGGCAGCUCCCGCAGCCUUGCUCCACUGAAACUCAGGGUAAGUAUAUGGAUCAAUAGAACUGUAUUAUUUUGUGGAUUUUUUUCUGUUACUUUUAAUUGUUAAUUAACUGAGUUUCAGAUUAAUCAAAACUUGAUACAUAUCAUUUAUCUCAUAGUGGACAAUAGGAAGGUAUGCUCCAAGAUUUAAUGGAUUUCAGCAGCAUGACUCCCAGGUCAGAGGAGAGACAUUUUGGAAAUACAGAAUAGUCAUAUUGUCAUAGACAUCCUAUUUACAAUGAUGUUUGGUUUGAUGAUAGGCAACUGAUCACUGAAAGAAUGCAAUUUCAGCAGCUAUUCAUUUAACUUCCCUUUCACAUCAGUUUUAAAAAAAUAUAUAUGGGUGACACUGAACUUUGCCAAGGAGUUCUACAGCAUACAAGGAUGCUACAUCUACUAUUGAUUGUUAACCCCUGUACUACACUUCUAAUCUUAGCUUGUUUUGUGAAAUCAUUGUUCUCCUUGAAAUUUAUGCAGUAGUUCUUUUUAAUAGGUCAUCUAGCAGUGUUAAUUUUAUAUAAUGUUGAUUGGAAAAACUAAAUUGCAUUAUGUCUUCUUUUCUGAUAUCUAUUUUUUGCUUUUCUUUUGAAAGGAAUUCUUGUCAUUCCUCUUGGAUGGUUUACAUGAGGACUUAAACAGGUGUGUUUGUGUUGUCAGCAUAUAUAAACUUUUUUUGAGGAGAUUGUGUAGCAUUAAAAAAUUCCCAGUAAGUUACUCGCACAGAUUGUCAAUGUGUUGUGUGCCUGGACAGUCAUAACAUGUCACUGGGGAGACUGAAUAGUGAUUUUUUUUCCCAUAGAGUUCAGCUCAAACCAUAUGUUGAACUUAAGGACAGUGAUGGUCGACCAGAUGAGGAAGUAGCACAUGAGGUAUCUGAACAAUUGAUUUUUUUUUCCUUACACUGUUAACAAUCCUUUUCUUAUGCUAAAAUUGUAUGGGCCAUCCAUGCCAUUGUCUGCAAUAAAGGUUAAAACUAUUUGGUACAAAGAGGAAGCACCAAACUUAUGACUCUGUUUUGUUAAGUUGCACUGGCAAUGAUACAGCCUCUAUGAUAUUCAAAGGGGACAUGUCGUAUGACUAUAAGUGGAAUGGUUUCAUGGAUAUUUUUGGACAAACUAAUGUAUGAAGAUGCAUUUUUCCUUUUUGUUUUAAUGAACAAAGUUAAUCCCUUUGUGUUAAUUAUAUGUACUUAUGUACAGAAUAUUGAUUUUGAUUUGUUACUUUUUCAGGCAUGGGAUAAUCAUCUAAAGAGGAAUCAAUCAGUUGUGGUGGACCUGUUUCAAGGCCAAGUAAAAAUUCAAUCAUUUCUCUCUAUUGUGAUUUCCCCUUUUUUGCUUGUAGAACUGCUUUACAUAUUGCCUCAAAGUGUGAUUUUGAACUCUCUUUAAAUAUGAAAUAUUUUAGUUUUGUAUCAGAUCAGUAAUUAUGAGAGUCACAUCAGUGAUUGUAAGUGGUUAAUUUGCAGCUCAAGUCUCAAGUCAGGUGUUUGGAGUGUGGCUAUGUCAGUGUUAGGUUUGACCCAUUCACUUUCCUCUCCUUGCCUCUCCCUAUGGACAACUCAAUAUAUGUUGAAGUUAUAGGUAAGUUUGCCAAUAAUCUUCCAAUUGGCUGUCACAGGUGUUGCAGCACGAGCAGAUAUGAUCCAGUAAGGCCCCUUACUAGUGUGCUCCCAAGUUUUCUGCUUGUGCUGUAACUUAAAUAACUUGUGAAACUUCAGCUUUUGCAGGGAAAAGUCAUGGGAAAUAAUAAAAUGUAGUUGUCUGAUAACAGAAUAGCAGGAAAUACUUUGGGUGAUCAAUGGUUUUCAAAUUAUGUCGAGUGAAGUUGACUCUUGAUUUUUGGUCAAGGAAAGCUUAAAAAAGAACCUAGAAAAGGUCAUGAAGAUGCUCAUAGUUUAUAAAUUUGGGAUGGUACAAAACCCUGUAUUUCCAAGAGUAACUAGCAUUCUAACAUGUCACUACUACAGAUGCUGAGCAGCAGCUGAGUGAUAAUUCUGUUGAAUUUCUAUUGUGUAGUUGUUCGACUGGAGGGGAAAACCCCUACAAAGUAUGGAUUGCUGUUGAAUAAUGAUGACAGAUACAAGGAUGUGAAAAGAGAACUGUCAAAAUACUGUGGGCUGGUGUGCUCACAGGUUCUCCUGGUUGAGAUAUUUGGGGCAUCUGUUAAGGUAGGUAGGAUGAAACACUGCUUUGGUUAUUUUCCAGUUAAUCCAGAAAUUGCACCUUUUUGUGUCCUCCUACUUAACAUGCCAGUGAGAAGACUCAAGCUACUCUUUGCAGAAUUCUUCAUCAGUUGAAAUCCACAAUACCUAUUUUUUUUCUUUUUGAGGAUCUUGGCUGUAUUUACAUAACCUUCCCCUUGGAGAGGUUUGGUGCAGUUAACUUGUGUCAGGAUCUUGCUCUUCUUUUAUCCUGGACAUCCAAAAUUUAACAAGUUCAAGAUUUCAAAAUUCUAUUGCAGCUGGUUCCUUUUUUAUACACUCAAGAUAAAAGUAAUUCUUUGUUUGAGUUUUGGCUGGGACCACUAUUGAACUGAGUAAAGAAUAACUUGUAGAUACAGUAAGAGUAGAUUCAGCUUGAGGUUCAAGAUAACAGCGAAUUUUUCCUGCUCAACAGAGUCUCCCAUCAGAUGUACAGAAGAUUCGUACAGCGUUAGCUGGGAUACUCUAUGCUUAUGAGAUUCCACCUCCUACAAUCUCCUGUGAAAAUGAUUGUGUGGGACCCAAUCCUUCAGAGGAGGACAAGGUUAUAUGUAAUUCAUCUGUUGUAGAGUCUGAGGAGCGAGAAUUUUGUACGACAAAUAAGGAUACAAACUGUCAAACAGAUGGAACCAUUUUCAACACUGUUUCAAACAGUGAUAGAACUGAGAGGAAAGGAAGCAAAUCUUCUGGAACAAAUUCUGAAAACGGCUCGGAGGAAAGCGAAACCCGGCUUCGAGUCCAAGAAGAUUGGUUUGCGGAUGGAAAAAAGAACAAGAAGAAAGGUUCUUCUAGUCCAAUUAGGAGAUUGAGUCCAAAACUGCGAAAGAAAAUUAGCCCUAAGUUUGGGGCAGGAUUUAGUUUGACUGCAACAUUAAGGAAGUCGUCUUCAUCAUCAUCUUCAACAGAAUUAGCUGAAGGAAAUUUUAAUACUAAUUCUGAUUCUGGCAUCAGUUUAAGUGUGGAAAAUUCUCCAAGUCACCAAACUGUUUCUUCACCUGUUAAUGUUAAUGCUGCUUCUGGACAUUCAAGUGUUUCGUCAACACCUACAACAGGACCUGCACCAUAUUUGGGCUAUUGUUUUAGUGGAUUUGUUGUUGCAAUGCACAGGAAAAUAGUAAGUUAUAUGUUGUUUAGUUUGUUGUUUCUAAAUCAUUGCUGAUCAGUAUUUGCAGUUUUUUUUCCAGUAUUAAAUUUCAUUUGACACAAUUUGUUUGUAAGGUUGUGUAGAUAUUCUGCUUCCAUUUUUCACGAAGUUAAAUGCUGGAAAAACGUUUUGGAGUGAUGUGAGUGUACGAAAACUGUUCUAUCUCUGCACUCAGGGCCGCAAUUUAAAAUAACUUAGGGUGAAAGGCUAGUCAUGAGCAUAAGAAACAAAAGAUUGUGAUAUAAUUGAAGCACAAAAUGACAUGUGCACCUCAGUCCGCUCAAGCACUCUUUUCUUUAUUUAGAUUCGUUUAGAUGCAUAUUUCCUUUCACCACAAAAGAAUCGCCCUGGUUUGUUUGGAAUCCCUGUCAUCAUACCAUGCUCAUCUAAAACAAGACAGUGUGAGUUGUAUGAGGGAGUCUGGACUCAAGUGGCCAGGCUACUAAGCCCACCAGCACCAGGAGACACAAACUGUAAGGAUGGGUAAGUUUGUGUUCGCUCCUGAUCCAGUAAGGUGUUUUCUAAAUUAAGAAAACCAAUUUGAUCUUUUUGUAUUUGUAUAUAGUGAUGCAGGGGACUAUCCGUUUGAGCUGCGGGCAGUUCAGAAGGACGGCCUCAUGUGUGCAUGGUGUCCGUGGUACAGGUGAGCACUCUUACUUUAUUGCACCACUGUAUGUUUUAGUGCGGCUUAAUGUGCCUGGGAAGCAAGAAAGGCACUGAGCAAAGCACUAGGCUUCCACCACUUCCCAGUACAAUAAAAUUUGUUAAUAAGUAGGAAGUGUACAACGUAGAGACUACCUUGGCAUAAAGUGCUCGAUGCUGUGGUAGCAGAGCUAAGUAUACAUAAGUUUAAGAAUUAAAGAGGAUGCAUCGAUUCUCUGUGACUCUGAGUUUCGCGCCUAAGCGCUCAUCAGACAGAACUUUCUGUCUGAUGAGCCCUUUGGCACGAAACUCAGAGUCACAGAGAAUCAAUGCGUCCUCUUUAAUUCUUUAACUUGUGUGUGUAAGGUAUGAUUAAACAAUCUUGUGUCUUUGCUAACUGUAGGUUCUGCCAUGGCUGUGUCAUUAAGUGCAGUGAGCAGGAGUUUGGCAGUAGCAGUUCAUACAUAGCUAUAGAGUGGGAUCCAACUACACUGCAUCUCAGAUACCAGAGCUCACAGGAAAAAGUGUCAACAGAACACGAGAGUGUGGAGAGAAGCAGGAAACUGCAGACAGAACCUAUUGACUUGUAUGAAUGUUUCAGAGCGUUCACUAAAGAAGAGGAGUUAGGGGAAGAUGAGCUGUGGUAUGUACAUGUCUCUGAAAUUUUAAUUAAGAGUAAUUGUCUCAACAACAUCAACAAAUAGCUAUUUUGUUGUAAGGAUUCCUAGGCUGAAAGAAACAAAGAUUUAGUAAGCUGUGCGUGAUGUGGAGUAAUUUACCAUGGCGUCUUGAAGUGAGUAUCACAAGUAAACAACACUGCUUGAGUCUAACACUCAAUGCUAUCACGGAUGACCAAUCACGAAUCAGAUUUAACACACUUGACUAACUAUCAGCUCUCCACUUGACUGUACUAAGAAGUUCUGAUCAGUUUGUCAAAACUCCAGUUACUUUUACUGGUUACUCUCACUAGUAAAGCAUGCUACAGCACAUCCUCGUUCACAUCCCUUGCUAUGAAAACCACUUAUUCAAAACUAUAUCUAAAUCUUAGGUAUUGCAACAAGUGUAAGAAACACAGAUUAGCAGUGAAGAAACUUGAUAUCUGGAGUCUCCCCCCAAUUUUGGUAAGAAUUUAGUUCUGCUCUGAUUCUUUUGUGCAGAAGUCCAAACUGGUGAGAUUAUUCUGAUGUUGGUAAUAAGCUUUUUAACUCGCUGAGGAAAAAUAUCUACUUAAUGCUUAAGUGUUUUUUUUUUAGUUCUGGGACGAGUUGUACUUUUCUAUUUAUGUGCUGGAAGGCGUUGAAGUAGCCAAUCCUAGCCGCAUGUAUCUUAUAACUACUGUCCACUUGUGCCGUCUUCUUUUUGCUUUGUAGAUUAUUCACUUGAAGCGGUUUCAGUUCGUAAAUGGCCACUGGGUAAAGUCUAAUAAAGUUGUGCAGUUUCCCAUGGAAGGUUUCGAUCCUUCAGCCUUCCUGGCCAAACGAUUUUUUCGCCCAAAUAGUGCAGGGAACUCAGAGUCAGGUGGAGUCACCACAGUAAAUGUCAAGAGCAGCGAGGAACCUGAACCCGAGGAGGAGCCUGGAGACAAGAAAGAGGAAGCGUCCCGCAAGGGUAGCGAGGUGAGGCUAUUUUGCACGCUUGUGUACCAGGUGGUUCUGGUGUCAGCAUGGAAAUGAUAUUAAGGUUACACUGAAAGAAUUGCACUCAGUCUUGAUCACAUACUUUGUUUUGUUGAUAUGGUGUAUUUAAUGAUAUGACAUAAAAAGUGAUCCUAAUCUUUCACCGACCAUCUUUCAUACUUAUAACGACAACUUUGAAACAAAUUUUGCAUCUGGUAGUAAGGUGUGCACACGUUUCAUGGCUGCUUACACUUUGAGGAGGGCUCUGAACUCUUUCCGUAGAAUCUUACCCAUAUUUUAUUGCAUUAAUAUUCUUUCAGGUCAUACACUUUACUUCCUUUUAAAAGUGACACAAACUUAACUAAGGAUUACUAAAUGAAGUAUAUCCCAACAGGAGUCGUCUUCCCAGAGUUCAUCUGGUGAACUGAGUUCCAGUCAGGUGGAACUAAACCAGACCAGCAAACCUCCUUCGCGCCAGUCCUCAUGUAUAAGCCUCAACUCAGCUAAAGUCCACCCUGAGGGGAUGCUGGAAAUGAAGCCUGUUGGCGAUGCCACCGUAAAUGCUACGAUCUCUGACGUCACGGAGCUAAAUUCUGUAGAUGAACGUAGAAGUGAAAGUGGCAGCAUGGCAGCGUUAAGGAGUGAAGGUUCACAGACAGAGACACCAACCUAUCGUAUUUAUGCUAUGUCGGUAUGUCUUAUUCAUUCGUGUACUCUCAAGCCAGCCAGAUAAAUCAAUGUCAAAAAUGUCCCUAAGUAUUUGAAUUAAUUCUUCUGUUGGACCACUGUUUUAUAUUUCUUUGUCCCUCUUAACUGACUUUCGGCCUGGGUAGGUUCUUAGUAUGUUCUGAAAAGUUUGGUUAAUCUCAUCCUGAACGUUCUUAUAAAAAGGUUUCUUUUAUUUAAAAAAAAAAGUGUUGAAUCUGACCACAUACAACAUGAACAAAUCAAGUGUAUAUCUUAAAUAUUUAAUACGUUUAUAUGAGAAACCCAUUGGUAGUACGUUUGGUACGUGUCAAACACGUCAUAUUGGUCUGGAACGCUUCUCGUGAACAUUCAAUAUGCUUUGUAAUCGUCAGUGUCACACUGGAGUACUGGGAGGAGGGCACUACAUUUCAUACGCGCACAACCCAAAUAACAGAUGGUACUGCUACAACGACAGUAGUUGCAAGGUUAGUUCAUAUAUAAAUACUUGUGGGGGUGGGGUGGGUGGAGGAAGAAAAAAGAACAGAAAAAAGGAAUAAGUCUAAUAAGAAAACAGAAGUGGCGUGCGUAAAAUUUUAGGAUUUUUUGCUCUCUGCUUUCUGUUGCCUCAAAAGGUGGAAAGAUAUUUGAGAGUUUAAGAGGCACGCAAAUGAAAAAUUAGUGAACGUGUGUGAAUUCAGAAAAAUCGACUUCCUUGUUUUUACCAUGACCAAUGAGAUAGUUAUCUGUUUUUCCAGGAGUGUGACAGCACCAAGCUACAAAAAGACUCACCCUACAUGCUGUUCUAUCAGCAAGACGGCAUGGACGAACGAGCGUUUCUUCCUAACUUCAGUGGCCAAACACCAGAUUCUGCAAGUGACGACGAGGAAUAUGAAAACGACGUGAAAAAACUUUGCAUCUUACAGUAAAACCCUAAAAAAUAUUCUGCACAGGAACAAAACUAAUUUAAAGACAAUUUUUCUAUUGAAACUUUUAUGGGAUGAACUCUUACGCAAAUGUAAAUUAUCAAAAAUGCUGUAAAUAUAUCGACAUAGAAAUUUUAUUUUUAAAUUCCCCUGGUAUCACACAAAUUAUGAAAGGAAUAAUAUUAGCGUACCCAUUAUUUGUUUGUGUGCUUUAAGCUCGUUGAAUUACUUUUUUCGAUGACAUUCUUCUGUGUCAAUGUGCGACAUAAAUUUUUUCCGGGAAGGGGGUCUGAGUAUUAUGGGAAAUUGAAUGAAAACUAAUUAUUUUUUUCCCAUUUUGAAUAUUCUUACGUAAUCUACUUAAAGCCCUGUGUAUUUUAUAAAAAUGCACAGAAGACUUGAUUUAACGUUGAUACAAAUGAGAGCCGCUGUAGAUUUCUUCAUUAACUCCCAGUAAGGAGUUUAAAGAAAACCACGACUGCAACGAGAACGUAGCGAAACGAAAGGUUUAAUGAGCAGAACAAUAACUUUGACCCUGCGUCUUAAAACGUUGUACAUUUUCAAGUCCUUCUCUCCAAGGCAACAGCGUUAAAUCGCCAAAUUUUGCGCACUCUGAGAAUGGGAACUCCGACAGUAAAGUAUUCACGUUUUUCCUUUAAACUCAACCCUACAUUCACAUGCUAUUCUGAAUGGAAGGUCUGACGCCGUCGUAGAAGGCAAGCUACUCUCAAAAUUCUCAGGAGAAAUUAAAUAUUUAUUUCAAUCAACAUUUUCCCAGGCCUUGCCGUUGUGACAUUCUAAACUCUCUUUUUCCAAGAUCCGUCUUUAUUAAGAGUGAAAGAAGACAGUGAGGUUUUCUUUUCAAAAGAAUAAGAGAUUGUGCGAAGCUCUAAAUAUACAAGGGGUCUUAUCAAGUGUUGUGACACGACACCAAAUUUCGUUUCAUGCAAAUAAACGUGAAAGUAAUUUUUUGCUUAGAUAGACAAACACGUGAAAGGGUAGAAAAACCAAAACGGAAUGAGCACACUUAAGGAUGGAGAAGAUAAACAUUUAUCUCAAAUGAUGGACUUAAAAAAUUGGCUUAUUUUGAAAAGUGCACAAACUGUUCUGAAACCCCUUUGAGAUUGUGUUCCAGCAAAGAAGUUGAAACAAUUCUUAACACUUAGCAGUGCAGCAAAAUAGACAAAAGAAAGAAAGGUUAUUCAUAGCUAAGCUUAAAAUGACUGUUUAGGUGGCUGUAAAGAAAGUUUUUGGAAUUUAGGUUUUAGGAUUUUUAAAGAUUUUUUCUAAUUAGCGUUGUAAAACUUUACUUAAGUAAUCUUAAUAGCCCAUCUAAAUAACGGGAAAUUUUAAAAAGGGUACUGACGAUGAAAAGUACUUAAUGAGCAAACUGCUCAAAGAGCGAAAAAAUUAAGUGAUCAAGUCUUUAGCUUGAAGAAUUUUGUUGUCAAAAGCCAGUUGAGGACAUCAAAAGCUUCCAUUUUUCUCUCUCUUUUUCAAUUUUACGGGAAGUUUUAGUCAGUCACAUUAUUAUCUAGUGCACUACGGUCAGUGUCUCUUGAAAGACUGGAGAGAUUUUUAAAGCUGUCCAAAGCAGUCUGGGGACUCCAGAAAUGCAGUCUAUCCUACACUAAGGUUUAAAUCCUGCGAGUUAUCAGUGUUAAAUUAAGCAGUUUGGCAGAUGAAAUUUUUCCUCCUUCUUUUCAUAAACCUCCAUAGUUUUCUGUUUACAAUCUGUUUGAGAUCUUUACAUGCAAAAUGUCGGUGUUUCCUGUUGAUGAAGUUCAUUAUACCUCUCGUAUGUUUGUAUGUUACUGCGCUCAGAACUCUUGUUUCUGUGUAGGAGCAAACGUGAUUAAUUUAGUGCCUUAAGACAAUAAAAGAUGCUUCUGUAAUUUUGCCAUUUGAUUUUGUAUUGAUAUGAUUUGGGUUCAC